AUGGCAGCUCAGGCGACCGAGAAGCUGCAGGAUCUGUCCUUGAACGGCCAAAACGGCGCCAAGGCCGACGCCCCCGCGGCUGGCCAGGCCACCCCGGGCGAGGCCGAGGACGACUCCGACGACGACCAAGAGGAAGGCGAGGGUGCCCCGGAAGCUGGAGCUGCUGGAGUUCCUGUGUCCAAUCUCUUCCCUAACAACCAGUACCCCGAGGGAGAGAUCUGCGAAUACUUGAACGACAAUGCCUACCGCACGACCAACGAGGAGAAGCGCUACCUCGACCGCAUGAACCAGGACUUCCUGACCGAGUAUCGCCAAGGAGCCGAGAUUCACCGCCAAGUCCGUCAAUAUGCACAGAAGAACAUCAAGCCUGGUCAGACCUUGACUGAAAUCGCGGAGGGCAUUGAAGACUCCGUGCGCGCCUUGACCGGCCACCAGGGUCUGGAGGAGGGCGAUAACCUCAAGGGUGGCAUGGGUUUCCCUUGCGGUCUAAGCAUCAACCACUGCGCUGCUCACUAUACCCCCAAUGCUGGUAACAAGAUGGUUCUGAACCAGGGAGAUGUCAUGAAGGUCGAUUUCGGUGCGCAGCUAAACGGUCGCAUUGUUGACAGUGCCUUCACCAUGACUUUUGACCCGGUCUACGAUCCGCUUCUGGAGGCUGUCAAGGACGCCACUAACACUGGUAUCAGGGAAGCUGGAAUUGAUGUCCGCAUGAGCGACAUUGGUGCCGCCAUCCAGGAAGCCAUGGAAAGCUACGAAGUCGAGCUCAAUGGACAGAUGCACCCAGUCAAGUGCAUUCGCAACCUUAACGGCCACAACAUCGACCAGCACAUUAUUCACGGCGGUAAGAGUGUACCCAUUGUCAAGAGCACCGACCAGACCAAGAUGGAGGAAGGUGAAGUCUUCGCUAUCGAGACUUUCGGUAGUACUGGCAAGGGUUAUGUCCGUGAGGAAAUGGAGACUUCCCAUUAUGCGCUCACGCCGAACGCUCCCAACGUCCCUCUGCGCCUUUCCUCCGCUAAGAACCUGCUGAAUGUCAUCAACAAGAACUUCGGUACUCUUCCAUGGUGCCGACGCUAUCUUGACCGUCUGGGUCAGGAGAAGUAUCUUCUCGGGGUAUGUUGA